AUGGAUUCUACAGAUGGUAAAAACAUAGGAUUUGUUAAAAGACAGGAAUUGAUUAGUGAAAGUAAGGAAAUAGAAAUGAUUGGUCAUCUUCACGGUGACAUUUUUAACCAAGAUAAAUUUUUAAUUAAUGGUGUUGAAAUGAGUGUUAAAUUGGUUCGAUCAAGAGAGAGUUUUAAUUUAAUUGUUGGGUCGAACGAUGUAAAGUUUAAAGUUUGCAUUACGGACGCAACUCUUAUUGUGCGACGAGCACGAAUUAAUCCAAGUGUAUUACUCGCACAUCAAAAAGUUUUAGCUUCCACCACUGCUAAAUAUCCUAUUACUCGAGCUGAAGUAAAAGUUUUAACAAUUCCUUCAGGUGUUCAAGGAAAAACUCUUGAUAAUAUAUUUUUAGGACAGGUACCGAAAAGAUGUAUAAUUGGAUUUGUGAACAAUUCUGCAUUUAAUGGUUCCCUUACUAAAAAUCCAUUUAACUUUGAAAACUAUGGUAUUAAUUCUUUCAGCUUAUAUAUUGAUGGUCAACAAAUACCUUCAAAAGCUUUGCAACCAUCUUUUAAUAAUAGCAUAUUUACAUCAGCAUAUCAUACUCUAUUCUCGGGAACUGGUAUUCACUUUCUUAAUGAAGGAAAUGGAAUCUCUUGUGAACAGUAUGGCAAAGGUUACUGUCUAUUAGCAUUUGACUUAACUCCUGAUUUAUCACCUAACUCAUCAACUCAUUGGAAUCUCAUAAAGCAUGGUAGUGUAAGAAUAGAAGUACGAUUUGAAUCCUCAUUAAUACAAACAAUUAACUGUAUAGUUUAUGCUGAGUUUGAUAAUAUUAUUGAGAUAGAUAAAAACAGAAAUGUUACUGUAGACUAUAGUAGUUAA